CCACUGGCUGACGGGCUGGCUUGCGCAAACCGACGGAAUGCUGCUUUGGCGCGGCAAUUCAUAAAACACUCCCUACGCAAGGUGGGCGCCUGCAGUCGGAGCUGAGCGCUUGAACGGAAAGUGUUGUGAUUUUGUGAAACCAGACAGCUUAAGGGCCAGCAGCAACAGCCAGGCGUUUCCAACCGACGUAUUACCGUAGAAGGAGCAGCACGCGGAGACGGAGUGAUUGACGUGAUUCUGUGUGAUUUUUGUGUGCUUUACGCGUGUUUGCAAACCCCCCGUAGGUAAACCACUUCCCUGUAGGCAGGUAGAGAGAGGAAAAACCCCGAACAAAGCAGAAUCAAAAUGAGUGCCCGCCGAGGACUGCGUACCCGGGUCUAUGACGCCAACAUGUGCAUGGUCGAGAACAACUACCGGGCCGCCCUGGAGCGUCUGGAAAAGAGCCGCCGUGCGCCAUCACUGGAUCGGGAGGUCGUAAAGGCGCGCGUUUCGCCCUUCAGCCGCUACGACUUUAACGGGGCCAGCGUCGACGAGGAGCUGCAGGCCGCGCGCAGCCGCGCCUCGAAGGUGAUCCACGAGAAGUCGACGAUCGACCACCGGGCGGAACAGUUCCGCAGCUCCAGCCUGGCGCCGGUCUCGGUCAGCUCGGCGCUGCUCGAGAACGAGUUCGACGAUCAGGUGCAGGCCACACUCGAUCGGAUUCGGGCCAGCAAAAGCCUGCUCAGCCAGCUGCAGUCGGACGAUGCGCUCGAGUCGUACCGGAGCGAGACCCGCUCGAAGCUGAGCGAACAGACGGCCCGCAAGCUGGCCCAGAAGAUGUCCACCGAGGAGGAUGAGUUCGUAUCGACCGGCAUGACCACGAGGAAGGCACUGAAGAUGCGAGCGGCCAGCGAAGCGGCAAACAAGAGUGCCCUCCAGUGGAAGGACGAAACGGCCGAGACGUUCGCGAGCAAACGGGCCAACGCGACCCGAGCCCGGCUCCAGGAUAUCGACCACGAGAUCGAGGAGUUCGAGCAGAAGCAGGCGGCCCGAGCCCGGCGUUCCGCGCAGCUGAAGCAACUGUUGGCCGAAACGGCCACCGAAGAUCUGGUGCCGGUCAGCGUGACCGCCCAUCACGAUGGCAGCAAGGUUACGACCGGAGUGGUUAAGUUUAAGAGCACGCAAAAGAAGAUGGUUAGUUUCUGAAGAGACACACAGAGAGAGACCAGAAUUGGGGCGAGGGACUUCGUUUAUGUUUUAUAAAAUCCGCACACCCGGGUGCCGGCGUUUGUUUACUUUUACUUUCCUACACACACACAAAUAUUACUGUACUCCUUUUAUCGUUAGUAUGUAUAGUCGAUAAGUGAUCGAUAGUGGACCCCCGGAACACUCGGCGAGUGCUCCAAGUGUGGUGCGUCGGCAAGAUGAAUGUGCGUGUGUAUCCUUUCUGCCGCUCUGCACCGGUUCAACCGCGAAGCAAACCGCGAUGUUGAAAACA